AAUGCAACAAAUUCUUCCAUUAGCGAUCCGAAAUAUGUCUUUGUCAUCAAAUGUUACUCAUGCUAUCACUGGUGUGUGUUUAUUUUUUAAUGCAAUAUGUGACAAGGUAUUGGAUAUGGAUUCACUUGACAAACUAGAGGCUGAGUAUCGAGUCACAUUGUGUUCCCUUGAGCAAUAUUUUGUGCCUUCUUUUUUCGACAUCAUGCUUCACUUGACGGUCCAUCUUGUGGCUCAAAUCCGGUUAUGUGGCCCACCUUAUUUAUGUUGGAUGUACCCUUUCGAAAGAAGCAUGAAACUGUUAAAGGGGCAUGUCCGUAAUCAUUAUCAUCCAGAGGGAUGCAUUGCUGAGUUGUAUGCAGCAGAGGAAGCUCUUGAGUUUUGUGCUGAAUAUCUCUCCAACCAUAGAGCAAUUGGGUUGCCUAUACAUUGUGAUGAUGAUGUUCCAAUUGAAAGGCCUCUUGGUAAGGGAGACACUCAUAUUGUCGAUCUCUCACGGUUAGAGCAAGCACAUCGAACUGUAUUAUUUAAUACUCCGGAAGUCCAACCGUACAUAACGAAUCAUAUGUUGCACCUACAAGCACUAGAUAUUGGGUGUUGUGACACAGAGCAUUAUCG